AUGGGCCUGAAGCGGCUAAUUGUGCGCCGGGGCCAGUCCUUCACCCUCCGACUACAUUUUGACAGACCCUUUCAGCCUGGGUUCGAUAAUAUCACCUUCGUGGCUGAUACUGGACCAGAACCCAAGGAGAAUCUGGGAACUCGUGCCACCUUCUCCAUCACCCAGGCCCGACAAGGAAAUGUCUGGAGUGCUUCUGACUUCACCAUUCACUCCAAUUCACUCUCUGUCUCCCUUUACACACCAGCCAAUGCCAUCAUUGGCCCCUACUUUCUGAAAAUAGCCAUCAGUCGGGGCCAGGGUCACAGCGUGACUUACCCAUUGGGGACUUUUAUCCUGCUCUUUAACCCUUGGAGUGCAGAGGACGAUGUCUACCUGCCAAGUGAAAUACUGCUGCAGGAGUAUAUCAUGAUGGACUAUGGCUUUGUUUACAAGGGUCACGAAAAAUUCAUCACCCCUUGGCCCUGGAACUACGGGCAGUUUGAAGAGGACAUCAUAGAUCUUUGCUUUGAAAUUCUGAACAAGAGCCUGUACUUCUUAGAGAACCCAUCCAAAGACUACUCCCAGCGCGGUGAUGUGGUGUACGUGUGCAGGGUGGUGAGUGCCAUGAUCAACAGCAAUGAUGACAGUGGCGUGCUGCAGGGUAACUGGGGAGAGGACUACUCUAAAGGGGUCAGCCCGCUGGAGUGGAACGGCAGUGUGGCCAUCCUGCGCCAGUGGUCAUCCAGGGGCGGGCAGCCUGUGAAGUAUGGACAGUGCUGGGUCUUUGCAGCUGUUAUGUGCACUGUAAUGAGAUGCUUAGGUGUUCCAACCCGAGUGGUUUCCAAUUUCCGUUCUGCACACAAUGUGGAUGGAAACUUGACCAUCGACACCUAUUAUAACCAAACUGCAGAAAUGCUACCACUUAAGAAACGUGAUAAAAUAUGGAAUUUCCAUGUCUGGAAUGAAUGCUGGAUGGUUAGGAAAGAUCUCCCACCAGGUUACAAUGGGUGGCAGGUCCUGGACCCCACUCCCCAGCAAACUAGCAGUGGGUUGUUCUGCUGUGGCCCUGCCUCCGUAAGAGCCAUCAGGGAAGGGGAGGUACACCUGGACUAUGACACCUCAUUUGUAUAUGGUGAAGUGAAUGCUGAUGAAGUGAUUUGGCUCUUCGGGGAUGGUGAGGCCCAGGAAAUCCUAGCCCAUAACACCAGCUCCAUCGGAAAGGAAAUCAGUACCAAGAUGGUAGGGUCAGACCAGCGCCAGAACAUCACCAGCUCCUACAAGUACCCAGAAGGAUCCCCUGAAGAACGGUCUGUCUUCCUGAAGGCUUCCCGGAAAAUUCUGGGUCCCGAAGAAGUCUCUUCACCCUUCCUGGAUCUUUUGGGGUCCAGGAAUUUUAAUAAUCACCCAGCACAGCUGCAGCUUCACCUUGCCCAGACACCAGAGUGGGGCCAUAACCUGCUACUGAAGCUGCUUGCUUGGAGGGUGCCGGACCAAACUUAUAUGCAUGGCCCUGUCACACUGAUGGUGCACUUGUGUGCACAGGCCCUGCUGCACAAGGGUGGCACUCGGGAGCCCCUGUGGAGGCAAAGAAUGCUCUUGAACCUGGACUUUGGGGAGAAGAUAGAGAAGUCGCUUUUGCUACCCUACAACAACUACAGAAACAAACUGACAGAUGAAAAGCUGAUCCGCGUGUCUGGGAUCGCCGAGGUCAAGGAGACUGGGAGGUUCAUACUGGUCCUAAAAGAUAUCUCUUUGGAACCUCCCCACUUAUCUAUUAAGGUGCCUGAAGAGGCGGAAGUGGGCAGGGUGCUGAGAGUCCACAUCACCCUCACCAAUACCCUGACAGUGGCUCUGAAUAACUGCUUGAUGGUGCUGGAAGGAAGCGGCCUCAUCAAUGGGCAGAUAACAAAUCACCUCGGGACAUUGGUGCCUGAACACAACGUCCAAAUUCACCAGAACCUCUACCCCAACAAAGCUGGGACCCGCCAGCUACAAGUACUUAUCACCAGCAAUGAGGUCAAGGAGAUCAAGGGCUACAAGCACAUCUUUGUUGCUGAGGCUGGCACUUCUUGAGCCCCAUCUGAUCCAACCAUUGCCUUUCCGUCCCCUUCCCAGCCCAAACUUGCUCUUGUCUACCCC